AUGAAUGUGGACCUCUCAGAGAACCAGCUGGGGGCCGUGGGAGCCCAGACCCUCUGUGCCGCCCUGGUGGCAAACCCGGCCCUGAGAAAGGUGCAGCUGGCAGGGAACGGCCUGGAGGAGCGGGCGGCCCUGUCCCUUGCUGAGCUCCUGCUGGUCCACACCAGCCUGCGGUCGCUGGACUUGAGCCAUAAUGAGCUGAGUGAUGGAGCAGGAGAGACCCUCGGACCAGCUCUGGCUGAAAACACAGGACUCACCGAACUCAACGUAAGCUGGAAUCACCUUCGAGGCCCAGGAGCCGUAGCCUUUGCCAGGGGACUGGAGGCGAACACCUUCCUGAAAGUCCUGGAUAUCUCAUAUAAUGGCUUUGGUGACCCUGGGGCCUCGGCGGUGGGUGAGGCCCUCAAGGUCAACAACGUGCUGGAGGAACUCAACAUGAGUUUCCGCCGUCAACUCUUCAGCCUCUUUCUUCAGGACCAAGCCCCGGCUUUAAGCCACACGCACAUCCUUCCUGACGCCAUCAAAGCUCUCACCCAAGUGUCCAGGAAUCCUAUGCGAAGCGAAGGCUGCUUUGGGCUCCUCAAGUCUGUCCAGGAUAACCCGGCAUCUGCCCUUGAGUUACUGGAUUACUCUGACAACCAGGUGACCAGAGAGUUUGAUGAUCUUGUUAAUGCAGUGAAGGUAAUUCUCCCAGGGCUGCACAUAAAAGCAGGUGCUCACAGAGUGGAAUACAAGCAAGAGUUGUUGCCAGACUUCAAAGCGUCCUCACCAGCAUCUACCUCUCACUGA